GGGAGCAGCAGGAGCAGACUAGUCCGAAACAGAAGUGACCGCUAGCUUCAUGUCCACCAAACAGACAUUACUGAAGUAGCAGGAGCGGAAAUCUUUGCUGGGGAGAGGGAGAGGGCGAGACGGACUGGGGGAGAGUAAGGGGGUCAGCUGGUAGGAAUACUGGACUUUUCCAUGAGAUAGCCAGCGUUUGGGUUAUUUUGCUUUGGGUUGAACUAAUCUAUUUACGGGGCUCGGGGAUAUCAACUGUAGGAAGGUUAGCUUGUAGCCACCGCCAUCUCCUCGGAGUCGGAGCCAUGGGGAACGCUGCCACGGCCAAGAAGGGCAACGAGCUGGAGAGCGAGAUUUUUGUAAAAGAGUUUCUAGCCAAAGCCAAAGAAGAUUUCUUACGGAAAUGGGAAUGCCCACCACAGAGCACAACGUGCCUAGAUGACUUUGACAGAUUAAAGACCCUGGGUACGGGCUCAUUUGGCAGAGUCAUGCUGGUGAAACACAAAGGAACAGAACAAUACUUCGCCAUGAAAAUACUGGACAAGCAGAAGGUGGUGAAACUCAAGCAAAUAGAACACACUUUAAAUGAGAAGAGGAUAUUACAAGCUGUGAGCUUCCCCUUUCUUGUCAAGCUUGAGUAUGCAUUUAAGGACAACUCAAAUUUGUACAUGGUGAUGGAGUACGUUCCAGGUGGAGAGAUGUUCUCACACCUAAGAAGAAUCGGCAGGUUCAGUGAACCACAUGCAAGGUUUUAUGCCGCCCAAAUAGUGCUGACAUUUGAGUACCUCCAUUCAUUAGAUCUCAUAUAUAGAGAUCUGAAACCAGAGAACCUUCUCAUUGACCACCACGGCUACAUUCAGGUGACAGACUUUGGAUUUGCCAAGCGAGUAAAAGGCAGGACCUGGACGUUGUGUGGGACACCGGAGUACUUGGCACCAGAAAUUAUUCUCAGCAAAGGAUAUAACAAAGCUGUGGACUGGUGGGCUCUUGGAGUUCUCAUCUAUGAAAUGGCAGCUGGCUACCCUCCAUUCUUUGCAGAUCAACCCAUUCAAAUCUAUGAGAAGAUUGUAUCUGGGAAGGUACGGUUUCCUUCCCACUUCAGCUCUGACUUAAAGGAUCUGUUGAGAAACCUGCUGCAGGUAGAUCUGACCAAACGUUACGGUAACCUGAAGAAUGGAGUCAACGACAUCAAAGGCCACAAAUGGUUCGCCACAACAGACUGGAUCGCAAUCUAUGAGAGAAAGGUCGAAGCCCCGUUCAUACCAAAGUGCAGAGGGCCAGGGGACACCAGCAACUUUGACGACUACGAGGAGGAGGAAAUACGCGUUUCAGUAACAGAAAAAUGCGCAAAGGAGUUUGCAGAGUUUUGAGAUUUGAGAACAUGGAUAUAUCAGGGAAAUAACGGGAUAUUUGCACUCUUUUAAAGACUCGGGAUGGAGCAGAGACCAUCAUUUUUUCAGAUCUACCACAUAUUCCCUUCAUUCCACAAGGCUGAAUGAGGUCUCCAUGAUCCUUGGGUGCCGAUAACUUCUCACUGUCACGUACACCUGCGUAUUACAGCAGACACAUCACUUUUUUUCUUUUUUUGUACCUACCCACAUUUUUUUUUUACUUUACAGCAGUUAGUAGGAUGUUAUUACCCCUUUUUGAAAUGUGAUAUUUUUUCAAUUUAUGAGGGAAAACUGAGACAAUGGCCAAUAAGAGUCCAGACAUUGUAACUGACAGUUUUACACACACGCAGAUGCUCAUGUGUGGGUUGUAUACUGUUCUCUCUUGUUGCUAGUGCUGCAUAUUUACCUGUUUGUUACAAAUCUUCACCAUUUUGGCUAUUAUCAAAUUCUGGCCAGCUUUCAGAGGUAGCAUUGGUCCUAUGUGCUUAUCUUUUUGUUUGUCAGACAUGUAAACAUGUUGGGUGUUGAAAGAAAGACCAAAUGGGGAAACAUAAGAAGGGAGUCUUUUUCUUUUAUUUGCUUUUUGUCCAGAAAUCAAAUCCUCACACUCGCCACAGAAGCAUCCUGUCGCUGUCUUCUUGGUAUUCAGGCUCAGUCACAGAAAAUAUAAUACCAUGUUAUGCUCAAAAAAAGCAAAUCAUGUUUGUUUGAUCUUUUUGGGUCUGUUAGUUACAUGUAAAAUUUGUCAUUUUUACUGUUGUUUUUCUUGCUGUGUCUAACAUUGUAGUCAUAUUGUCCCUAGAUUAGGGUCUGCUUGUAAGAUCCUUUCAUAUGAGUCUGUGGAACAAUAUGACUUUCAUCAAUGGGAAAAAGAGUGAGUUUGAAUCCUUUGUAGGGUUUUUUUAUUGAGUGUACUGUGAACUUAAAAAUGUCAUAAUGGAUUCGGUUGGGGCUUGUGCCCCAACUUUGUUAAGCAACCUUUUAAAAGUAAUGUAUUAAUCAAAGGUAUUUGAAAAUCUUCAAAUACAGAAAUUGUCUGUUUUGAAUGCUCUAUUUUUCCUGUUACCACCCUCAAACAGAUUUCUGUUUCAUUCUUAUCAGAGAAUGUAGAUUUGAUUUGAGACUUAUAGGUAUGCAUAUUUGAAAGCUUGAUCUCAAGGUACAGUUCUCCUUACAGUACACUGGCUAAAAUGAAGACUGCUUCUUUUUAUCACAUGUAACCUUGUUAUUGUAAAACUCAUUACAUCAUACAUAUAUUCAUGGUUUCAUAUAUGUUUUUAUUUAUACACAUUAGAGAUGCUAAUAAAUUUUAUUUUUAAAAGUG